UCAAGGUCACAUGACCGCGAAGUCCGACACAGAAGGAGAACCUCUUUGGGAGUACUGAUACCAGCAGGCGGAGAGCUAAAGGUGGCAUCCCAAAAGAAAUGCUGCUCCUUCAGGAUCUGAUUCCUUUCUUCUUCUGAUCCUUCUUCUUUGAAGGAACUUUCUUCUUCCAAUCUGUUAUCUCGGUAAGACCGUGUCCGCAGCUCCUCAUCAGUUACUGCAUCCAACAGCAACCUGCCAAGUGUGCAACCUAAGAGUGGGCUCAGCAUAUGCUGGUCUGUCUUCCAUGGAACCUCAAAGUGCCCCAAUUCCGCGUGCCGCAGAGGUGCUCCUCUCCACUUCCAAUUCAUGGAGCAUGGCACAUUUUUCCUCCUUAUAGAUCGGGCAUUCAGUGAUGCAGGAGUGCCGAGCCGAAAGGAAGCUAUUUGGAGCCUAGAGCUUUUCCAAUUCACAGCAUAACCACUCUGAGAAGCAUUGAGUCAUUGCAUCACCAUGAUGCUGGCUCUGCUUCUGCUCUUCUUUUGCCUUAUCUCAAGCACCAGUGGAGCGACUCGGAACGCCUCUUCGAGGCCCACUGUCGUGCACGUUGGAGCGAUUUUCACAUUCGACUCGACAAUUGGAAGUGUUGCAAAGGUGGCGAUUGAUGCCGCGGAGGACGAUGUCAACUCUGACCCGUCUGUUCUUCGGGGCACAAGGCUGCAGAUCAUAAUGAGAGAUACCAACUGCAGUGGGUUCUUGGGCAUGAUGGAAGCUUUGCAGUUUAUGGAGACUGAUACCGUUGCGAUAGUUGGGCCGCAGUGUACGACCAUCGCUCAUGUCAUUUCUCAUGUUUCCAAUGAGCUCCAUGUCCCUUUGCUGUCAUUUUCUGCAACAGACCCCACUCUGAAUGCGCUUGAGUAUCCCUAUUUUGUUCGGACCACGCAAAGUGAUCUGUUUCAAAUGGCCGCUAUAGCUGAAAUAGUAGACUACUAUCAGUGGAGCCAGGUGAUUGCUGUCUAUGUUGACGAUGACCAUGGUAGAAAUGGUGUGGCUGCCUUAGGUGAUAAACUGGCAGAGAGGCGUUGCAAGAUAUCAUAUAAAGCUCAAGUUUCACCUGGAGCCACGAGGAGUGACGUCACAGAUUUACUAGUCAAGGUUGCCUUGAUGGAGUCUCGUGUUAUUGUUGUACAUUCAAAUCAAGAAUAUGGUCCGAUGAUUCUUUCCGUAGCACAUUAUCUUGAAAUGAUGACCAAUGGGUACGUUUGGAUCACUACAGAUUGGCUUUCAUCUCUGCUAGAUUCAAGAGGUCCCCUUGCUUCCAGUACAAUGGAGACAAUGCAAGGAGUUCUUACACUUCGUCAGCACACAGCUGAUUCAAAGAAGAAGAGAGACUUCAUUUCUAGGUGGAGAAACUUGAUCGGAAAGGAGAAUAUUGGAGACUUCCGACUUAACUCAUAUGGUUUAUAUGCUUAUGACACUGUGUGGAUGUUGGCUAAAGCACUAGAUGCCUUCUUUGAUGACGGUGGAAUAAUUUCAUUUUCUGAUGAUAAAAGCUUGCAUGAUGCACAGGGAGGCACUCUUCACCUUGAGGCGAUGAGUAUCUUUGAUGGAGGACAACUUCUGCUGGAUAAAGUCCGAAAGUCAAAUUUUUCAGGUAUAACUGGACUGCUUAGAUUUGAUUCUGAUGGGAAUCUUGUUCAUCCUGCAUUUGAUAUCAUAAAUGUAAUCGGAACUGGGUCGAGAACUGUUGGUUUUUGGUCCAAUUAUUCUGGGUUGUCGAUUGUGUCCCCUGAUACCCUUUAUUCAAAGCCGCUUAAUGUUUCCCCUGGGAGUGAUCGGAUCUACAGUGUCAUCUGGCCCGGAGAAACAACGACAAAACCUCGAGGAUGGGUCUUUCCUAAUAACGGUAAGGAGCUUAAAAUCGGUGUCCCUGACAGAGUCAGCUAUAAGGAAUUUGUCUCAAAAUCGCCAACUACAGGCACUGUGAAGGGUUACUGCAUUGAUGUGUUUACUGCUGCUGUCAACUUACUGCCCUAUGCUGUUCCUUUUAAGCUGAUUCCAUUUGGUAAUGGUCAUGCUAAUCCUAGCUACUUUGAACUUACAAAUAUGGUUGCUACAGGGGCAUUUGAUGCUGCUGUCGGUGACAUUGCCAUUGUCACUAAUCGAACAAAGAUAGUUGAUUUCACACAGCCGUAUAUCGAGUCCGGGCUUGUUAUAGUAGCCCCCAUUAGAAAACACAAGUCAAAUGCUUGGGCAUUUCUGCAGCCUUUUACUCUGGAAAUGUGGUGUGUCACAGGCCUUUCCUUUCUUGUCAUAGGAGCUGCUGUAUGGAUCCUUGAGCACCGUAUCAAUGAUGAAUUUCGUGGUCCACCACGACAACAAAUAGUUACAGUUUUUUGGUUCAGCUUUUCAACUUUGUUUUUUGCACAUAGAGAGAAUACUGUGAGCACUCUAGGACGUGUGGUGCUGAUAAUAUGGCUUUUCGUGGUUCUGAUUAUCCAGUCUAGCUACACUGCAAGUUUGACAUCAAUUCUUACUGUGCAACAACUCUCAUCUCCUAUAAAAGGAAUUGACAGCUUAAUAGCUAGUGAUGAACUUAUUGGAUUUCAAGUAGGUUCAUUUGCUGAAAACUAUAUGGUUGAGGAGCUCAGCAUUCCAAGAUCCAGACUUAAAGCUCUUGGAUCACCAGAAGAGUAUGCUGAAGCUCUUGAACUGGGGCCUGAGAAUGGGGGUGUUGCAGCCAUUGUAGACGAGCGUGCCUAUGUUGAGCUCUUCCUGUCAACUAAUUGCAAAUUUGCAAUUAUUGGGUCGGAAUUUACCAAAAGUGGCUGGGGUUUCGUCUUUCCGAGGGACUCUCCUUUAGCUGUUGACAUGUCAACCGCGAUACUGACUUUAUCCGAGAAUGGAGAUCUCCAGAGGAUCCAUGACAAAUGGUUCACAAGGGCUGCCUGCAUCUCUGAAACCGAUGAAAUCGACUCAGAACGGCUUCAUCUUAGCAGCUUCUGGGGCUUGUUUCUCAUAUGUGGAAUGUCGUGUUUCUUGGCUCUCCUCAUAUACUUCAUCAUCAUGAUACGCCAAUUUGUCCAGCUUCCUCCACCGGAUGACCAAGGCCCUUCCAGCGACCAGCAAACGCCUCGAUCCAGUCGCAGGCUUCAGAAGUUCCUCUCCUUUGUUGAUGACAAGGUAGAAGAUGCCAAGAACAGAUCCAAGAGAGGACAGAUGGAGAAGCCAACCAACAAUGUCAAUGCUGACAUUGAAAGUUAUGAUUGAUUUAUGCUUACUACUCUGCAAGCUGAGAGUUAGUCUCAAAAUACUAUUACCAUACAAGUGUUGGCUCACAGUAUCAUACUUGUAACUAGGCAGAUCACAUUUCCCCUUGAUGAAGUUUUGCCUAUGAAAUAUCCAUUGUCCCAUUACCUUCCUACCCAUAGAAGAUGAUGAUAGGUCUAAUGUAAAAUUGACAUGAGGAUGCAUGAGCUCUCAAGUGCAGACCUUCUAUUCAAUUGUCAAUAUCAGCUGCAAUUUUUGCUUCA